UUUUUAUAUACAGCUAAUUCACUUUUCUUAUCAUGGUUUAUUUUCUGAAUAAUAAUAAGACUCUUUAUAAUUCAUUUCCCAUUUCCCAAAUUCCCAAAUAUUAUUCAAACUCUGUCUUCAUCAAAUUGAAGCUUUGUAUUUGUCUCAGAUCUCCAGGAAUUAAAGAAUGGAUCACGACGAGACAGGAUGCCAAGCACCAGACCGCCCCAUCCUCUGUGUUAACAACUGUGGGUUCUUUGGCCGUGCAGCUACGAGGAAUAUGUGUUCCAAAUGCCACCGAGAGACGUAUCUCAAAGAGGAACAAGAAAGGCUUGCUGUUUCAUCCUUUGAUAAUAUCGUGAAUGGGACCUCUAACAAGGGCAAAGAAGCUGUUGCUGCUGUUUCCGUUGAUGUGAAGUCUAAGGAAGUAUUGACAAAAGACGUAAACGUUCAAGUAUCAUGUGAUUCAAGCCUCGCACAACCUUCCGAGCCUAAGAAAGCUGGUCCAAGUAGAUGUUUAACUUGUCGUAAGCGUGUUGGUUUGACGGGUUUCAGCUGCAGGUGUGGAAAUCUGUUCUGUGCCGCUCACCGAUACUCCGACAAACAUGAUUGUCCCUUCGAUUAUCAGGGUGCUGCUCAAAAUGCAAUAGCCAAAGCCAAUCCCGUCAUCAAGGCAGAGAAGCUUGAUAAGAUCUAAAACGAUAUAUAUCGAGUAAUGAGUUUCUCGUUCUCCAUCCAUGUUUCUUGCUUUAUGUAUUGUUGCUUCCCUUGUUAGAGAUCCUUAUAUCUAUAAAUUUAUGUGGUCCCAUGGCAAGGGCAGUCACAAUCUGGUGCGCUAGCCCUGUUGUUCAACAGGGCUAGCCACCUUUGCACCCGUUUGUAAGUACUUAUUGCUGAUUUGUGGCACUUUAGUAAUCGAUUUGCGAGUUUUACUUCUU